AUGGAGCAUAUGUUAAAAAAAAGUAAUAAAUUUCUUGUACAAUCAAGGAGAACUCUAGAAGUAAAAGAUGGAUUGAUUAUAGUAGAGUCAGAUGCGUUACCUGAGGGUGAGAAGUUUCCUCCUUCAUUUUAUGAGAGCAAGAAGUUAGUUAAGGGCUUAGGGUUAAAUUACAAAAAGAUCCAUGCUUGUCCCAACGAUUGCAUGCUUUUUAGGAAGGAAUUUGCUAAUAAGGAUAUCAAUAAUUACUUAAUCUGUGGAGCUUCUAGAUGGAAAAAUAGCAUAAAAAAAAUUCCAGCCAAGGUCCUAAGACACUUUCCUCUAAAACCCAGACUCCAGAGAUUAUUCGUGUCUUCAAAAACAUCUAAAUUGAUGCGAUGGCAUUAUGAAGAACGGAAUAGAGAUGGAGUUCCACGACAUCCUGCAUAUACUGAAGCUUGGAAAGCUUUUGAAACUAGACAUUUAGAAUUCGCUAAAGAUUCCUGCAAUGUUCUCCUAGGAUUAGCCAGUGAUGGCUUUAAUUCGUUUGGCAUGAUGCGAAGUCAUAUGGUUCUCUAUCAAGAUGGUGCACUAAUGGUCAAUCUGCAUGUCCUUGCUGCAAACAUAAGCACUCAAUCUAAAAGGUUGAAACAUGGUAAAAAGUUUUAUUUCAUGGGUCAUCGACGUUUCUUGAAGCAAGGGCAUAAAUAUCGGAAUAAUGCAAAAUCAUUAGAUGGGACUAAAGAAUUAAGAACUACACCUUCUCCAAUAUCCGGGUCACAAGUUCUAAAGCAAGUUAGAGGCAUAAAGUUCACCCUCGGCCAGUUAAGGGAAAAGGCAAGCGGGGUGAUGAAAAAUACGUGGAAAAAGAAGAUUAUUUUUUUCAAUCUUCCUUAUUGGGAGUAUAAUUUGGUGCAUCAUAACCUUGAUAUGAUGCAUAUAGAAAAGAACGUCUGCGAUAACCUGAUUUAUACAUUAUUGGGUCUUGGUAAAAAAACAAAAGACAACUUAGAAGCUCGAUUGGACUUGAAGGAGAUGAAUAUAAAACCAAGCUUAUGGCCUAAAAAACGAGCUAGUGGGAGGACAUAUCUUUGUUACACCUGA